GUAUGAUUAUUAACAGAAAUGCCACUGCUGCGGUGAGCUAUAAAUAAGGUUGGAAGGUGCGGUUGGAUUGGAUGUAGCCAUGGGUUUGGGCGUGGUGAGCGGCGGCAGGUCAAUUAGAAAGUGGAGUUUAUUGUCCUUCACUCUCCGCUCUUGCUCUUUCUUCUCUUCCCUCUGCUGCAGAAGAAGUGGCCAACCCAUCUCAGUGACAGUGACUCCUCCUCCUCCUCCGUCUUCCCCAAAGAAAGUCCCUUUAUCAGUCUCAGUCCAUGGGAGGACUUUGGAAGACCCCUACCAUUGGAUGCGCAACACCAACGAUCCUCAUUUCAUUGAUUACCUCAACCAAGAAAACUCAUAUGCUCAAGCUUUCAUGGCUGAUACCCUCAAACUACAGCACACUCUAUUUUCUGAGAUCACAACCCGAAUGCCACCCCAGGUUUCCACUCCCCCUCAACGUUGGGGACCCUGGUUGUACUACCAAUACAUUCCAGUGGGUAAGGAAUACCCGGUUCUAUGUAGGAGGUUAGCAACCGAAAACAAAGGUUGGGUGGAGACUGUUGUCAAUUAUGUGAGAGGAAGAUUUGGGAGGGAGGAAAUUUUACUUGAUUGGAAUGAAAUUGCAGAACAGUAUGGGUAUGUUCAUGUGGGCACAUGUCGUGUGUCACCAGACCACAACCUCUUUGCAUACACACUUGAUAUAACUGGUGGUGAAAAGUUCAUACUUCAAGUGAAAGACCUUAGAACGAUGUAUAUUCUUCCAAAAUUAAGGGUUGAUGGGGUUGUUAGCUUGGAAUGGGCUCGAGAUGGUCGUACAUUGUUUUAUACAGUAUCGGACGAGAACCAACGACCCUACAGGGUGCUAUGCACAAAUCUGGGAUCAGAUUCUGUCGUUGAUGUUCCAAUAUUUACAGAAAAUGAUUCCAGCUUCUGUGUGGACAUCACAAGCACAAAGGACGGCAAGUUCAUAACUGUGAAUUCUAACUCAAGAACUUCAUCUGAGGUUUAUGCCAUAGAUGCAAUCAAUAUGCAAGGUGGAUUACGAAGCUUAUGCAAGCGUGUCCCUGGUGUACAGUACUUUUUGGAACAUCACUCUGGUUUUUUCUAUGUUCUAACCAAUGCUUCUUUGAGUGAGGAUAAGGAGUCCCCAAAUGAAAAUUAUUACUUGGGUAGAUGCCAAGUUAAAGACACACACUUCGGUAAUUGGCAGACUAUCAUUUUACCAAGUGAAGAUUGCCGCUUACGAGACAUGGACAUUUUCAAUGGACAUCUGGUGCUUUAUCUUGACAAAAAGGACUCCUCUCUGAUAUGUUCCAUCAAUAUGCCUAUAGAAGUCGAUUGCAAGAAAUGUUUGGAAGUUGACGACCUUGCUCCUUGGUUUUUUCCUCUGCCAUCAAAUUUGUGUACAUUCACUCCAGGUUCAAAUCAUGACUUCAUGAGCUCAGUAUACCGUGUUGUGCUUUCAUCUCCAGUGAUGCCUGAUGUAAUUGUUGAUUAUGACAUGUCGAGACGCACAUUCUCAAUUGUGCAGCAAGAGGAGGUACUAGGUGUUUCAGCUACUACUACUACUGGAUCAUUUUCUCAGACUUCUGACAGAGAAGUUAAUGAGCAUCUAGACACCUCAAAGGACAAGGAGAAAUUUAUCCAGAAUACUGAAAUGUGGACAUGCAAGGACUUCUCUGAUGCAUAUUUGUGUGAAAGAAAGGAAGUCCUUUCCCAUGAUGGUGUUAGUGUUCCUCUGACCAUAUUGUACUCCAAAAACACACACCAAACAGAUCAGUCUCCUGGGCUUCUACUAGGCUAUGGAGCGUAUGGGGAAGUUCUUGAUAAAAGUUGGUGUGCAGAUCGUCUAAGUUUGUUGGAUCGUGGUUGGGUCGUGGCAUUUGCUGAUGUAAGGGGUGGCGGCGGCGUUGAUCCUUCUUGGCACAAGUCUGGCAGUGGAAUGCACAAAUUGAACUCUGUAUAUGAUUUUUUGUCAUGUGGAAAGUACCUGGUUGAUGAGGGCUAUGUUCACAAAGAUAAGCUUGGUGCUGUUGGAUGUAGUGCAGGAAGUCUCCUUGUGGGGGCAGCAAUCAAUACAUAUCCAGAAUUGUUUCGAGCUGCCAUUUUGAAGGUUCCAUUUCUUGAUAUAUGCAAUACAUUGUUGGAUCCCAGUUUGCCUCUCACCAUUUUGGACUAUGAAGAAUUUGGGAAUCCUCAGAUACAAUCCCAGUUGGAGUCUAUCUUGCAGUAUUCUCCGUAUGAAAAUAUACCUGGAGGAGUUUGCUGUCCUUCAGUACUCGUCACAGCAUCAUUUCAUGACUCAAGAGUUGGUGUUUGGGAAGCUGCCAAAUGGGUGGCCAAAGUACGAGAUAUUACUUGUUCAUGCUGUUCUCGUUCAGUCAUCCUGAAGACAAAUAUGAGUGGAGGACAUUUUGGUGAAGGAGGCCGUUUCGGUCAAUGCGAGGAAACAACUUACGAAUAUGCUUUUUUGAUGAAAGUUAUGGGAAGCUUGGAUCAUGGGAUGCUUUAGGUUUAGCAGUAAAUUUAAGCACGAGACUUCUAAGAUCCUCCGGUUAUUUUCCCUUUUGCAUUCCUUGAUGGGGAUAACCGAACAUCUGGCUCUCUGACAAUUGAGAUUCCAUUUAUUUCCUCUGUUAAUUUCUGGAGGCUGUCUAUCAGAAUGGGACCAUGGCCAUGAUAGUAGAUGAGAACUAUGGGCUUGCAACACUGUUCAUCUGAGGUUAAGGUGGUCACAGCAAACUUGCAAUCUCAAGGACUCCUAUAUAUGGAGACUCAUAACAAUGGUACGUUCUUGUUACCGCCUGAUGAUCGAUAUGAGAAGUUUGAGAUUUUGAACUUCUUUCGUAAGUCGUUUAUAACAGAAAAAGAAUUUGAAGAUACACGUGGCAAUAGCAUAUUUGUUGUUUUUUCCUUUAUGUAAAUUUUGACUUUGACUUAAUCACACCAAAUCUAGAUUCCCUUUAUCAAGAAUCUACGACAUCAUAACCACACCACCAAUAUUGGAAAACAAUUAUCUCCCCUUUCUUUCGUAUGCUUCUUGAAGAUUAAUCUUAGGCAAUGGCAGGAACAUAGUAUAUAUAAUGGGACUAGAUUAUUGAUUUGUCUGACCAUUAGUGAUAAAGAUGAUUGUUGAUUGGUUUUGAUUAAUGGCUUUCUGAGGAAAGAGAUUUUGGCAAUGGUAAUGCUGAAA